CUGUGUGGCAACUCUGUGAAUCAGCAAAACAAACAGCUGAUUGAUUAUUUUUGUGUGUUGACUUUUUUUCAUGCAAAAAUUAUAUUUUAUGCAGUGACGAAAAAUACAUAGAAAUCAUGACUGAGGCAGAGAAACAGCCGGCCUCUUUCGCCUGCCAGCGAUGCCUGCAACCAAUAGUGCUGGACGAGCAGCUGGAGAAGAUUAGUGUGCAUGCCAUGGCUGAACUGAAAUUGCCCAUCUAUGGGGGUAAUGUGAACACGAUUGAUCCACAGGAUGCCAACAGUUUUGACCACUUUGUGCCGCCUUUCAGGCUGACUGACUCCAUAAAUGGCACGGGCUUUAUGCUCGUGUCCGAUGGACGUGAUAAUAAAAAGUUGAGUGCUGCCUUUAAACUGAAAGCAGAGCUCUUUGAUUGCUUGUCCUCCAAUUCGGAGAUUGAUCAUCCGCUGUGCGAAGAGUGCGCCGAUUCCAUGCUGGAAAUCAUGGACAGAGAGCUGCACAUUGCUGAGGAUGAGUGGCAUGUCUAUAAGAAGUAUCUCAAUGAGCUGGAACAGCAACAGGAAGGUCCCAAUGUGGAUGCCCUGGACAGGGAGCUGGAAGAACUGAAGCAAAGCGAACAGCAAUUACUUGCCGAACUGGCAACCCUGAAGUCGGAGGAGAAAGUCUUGAAUGAUGCCAUCGAGCAGGAGGAACUGGAAAAGGAAAAGCUGCACGAGCAGGAGGAAAGCUACUGGCGGGAAUAUACGAAACAUCGACGCGAGCUAAUGCUGACGGAGGACGACAAACGCAGUCUGGAAUGCCAGAUCGCCUACUCGAAACAGCAGCUGGACAAGCUGCGUGAUACCAACAUAUUUAAUAUAACAUUUCAUAUCUGGCAUGCCGGACACUUUGGCACCAUCAACAAUUUUCGCCUGGGACGCCUUCCGUCCGUCUCCGUCGACUGGUCGGAGAUUAAUGCUGCGUGGGGACAAACGGUUCUGCUGCUCUCGGCGCUGGCGCGUAAAAUCGGACUGACCUUCGAGCGUUAUCGUGUGGUGCCAUUCGGUAAUCAUUCCUAUGUCGAGGUGCUGGGUGACAAUCGGGAGUUGCCACUUUAUGGCAGUGGUGGAUUCAAGUUCUUUUGGGACACCAAAUUCGAUGCGGCAAUGGUGGCAUUUCUCGACUGCUUGACGCAGUUCCAGCAGGAGGUGGAGAAGCGCGACACCGACUUCCUGUUGCCCUACAAAAUGGAAAAGGGCAAAAUCAUUGAUCCUUCCACUGGCAAUUCCUAUUCCAUCAAAAUCCAAUUCAAUUCAGAGGAACAGUGGACGAAAGCUUUAAAGUUCAUGCUAACGAAUCUGAAAUGGGGACUCGCCUGGGUCUCAUCCCAGUUUGUGACGCAAUGAAGUGGUCGAAUGUCGAUUAAUUGUCAUAAUUUUAUUUAUGUAUAUGGAUUAGUGCUUAAUUAAAAAUAAAUCUUUUAACAUUUAA